AUGGAGCAAUGGCAGGUUGGCCCCGUGCCAGACUACGUCUACGCCAACUCUCCACACACGGGCAAUGACUUGCAACAGCAGCAACAUGGCUACCAAGGGGACAACAUGGCCCGGCGGAAUGACCAGCAGCGCAUGGGAUAUCAAUUUCCUGCGCAGGCGCCUAGCAUGUCGCCACAACAGCAACAGCAACAGCAACAACAUCAGCAGCAGCAAAAUGCUGCGCCCCCUCAGCCGGCGAAAGGUCCAGCCCAGCAACAGAAUGGGCCCCCUUCGCAACAAGCGACGCCCACUCAGACGCCUGCCCAACCGCCUAGGCAGCGCAAGAGACCUGCUCCAGGAUCGACGCCCACCGCGCAGCCAGCUGUGAUAGCCGCGCCCGCUCCUCCCGUCGCUCCCAUGCAGCCGCAGCAACAGCACCCGCAUCCACAGCAACAGCAACAUACCCAGCACGUGCAACACCAGCAUCCUCAGCACCACCAGCACCAGCACCAUCCUCAGCACGCCCAGCGUCCAUCGCCUGCCAGCCAUGCGCAACACGGCGUGCACCCUCAACACCCACAGCACCCGCAACACCUGCAGCAGCAGCAACAACAACAGAAGCAGCAGCAGUCCCCUCAGCAACCCCAGAAGCAACACGCACAGCAACAGCCGCAGCAGCCGCCACCACAGCCACAGCAGCACCAAGCCCAGCAUGUGGCGCCGCAACAGCAGCAAGCUCAAGUAGCGCCGCCCGCCUCACAGACACAUGCCCAGGCGCCACAGCAACUUGGCCAGACCCCACAGCAGCCGCAAGUCCCUGUCCAAGUCACUGCAGCCCCAGCGCCCGCCGUGCCUGUGAUGGUAACAGUGCCUGCCACGGCGGACGCUGCGGCGGCCGCUGGCCCGCCGCCUGCCAAGAAGAGCAGAACGAACACGCCCUGGACGCCGCAAGAAGAGCAGCGGUUGAAGCAGAUGCGUGACGCUGGCAACAGCUGGGCUGAGAUUGCCAAGACGUUCCCCGCCCGCACAGAGGGCUCGGUCAAGAAGCACUGGUACAAGGACAUGCACUACGCGGAGUUUGCUGAGGAUGAGAGCCAAGCUUUGAUGCAGGCCAUCAAGGAGUACGAGAACAACAAGUGGAAGGUCAUUGGCCAAAAGGUCAGCAAGCCGGCAAAAGCAUGCGAGCAGUACGCAAAGGAGCACUUCCCAGGGCGAUAG